AUGCUAGGCGACGACGAGGAUGUGUUCGAUAGUGUCACUUGGGAGUCGCCGUCGGCCCCAGCAUAUGGUACAGAGGAGCCUACCGCGCCCGUAGGGCCCGGAUUCAAACAGAGUACCUCAGAAAGUGAGGAUGGCCGUGGACCUCACGAUCCUAAAUGGGAGGGGUACUUGAUCACCUCCGUCAAGGAUCCCGUGAAGGAGUUGGCAGAGACCAAAGACGCUUAUGUGUCCUACCUUGUUUUUGCACAUACCAACCUUCCGAUAUUCUCGACUCCCAACCCGUCGUCUCGACGGCGCUUUCAAGACUUUGUCUUCUUGCGGGAGAACUUGGUGAAAGACUUUCCAGCAUGUGUGGUUCCUCCGCUGCCCGACAAGCAUCGCCUAGAAUAUAUUACAGGCGACCGUUUCAGCCCUGAGUUUAUCGAGCGUCGGCGGCUCGAUCUACAUCGCUUCUUGCAGCGUAUCGCACGACAUCCCACUCUGCAGCGCAGUACUCUUGUGCGCGCAUUCUUCGAGUCAACGGAAUGGCAUGUCACCAUGCAUCAACAUGUUGCACAUCCCCCAGUGCCCGAAACAUCGACAGGAAUAAUUGACAGCCUCUCAGAUACCUUGCUCAAUGCGUUCUCCCGUGUGCGCAAGCCUGACGAGCGAUUUCUCGCCAUGCGGGAAAGGGUCGACAAAUUCGAAGAGGGCUUGAACGCUACCGAGAGGAUGUGGACACGCAUCAGGAAUAGAACAAACGCUGAAAGAGCUGGCGAUCCGGACACUGGUGAAGAUUUGACCGCGGACUAUCACGACAUGGCUGUCGCCGUUCAAGGCCUGGGUUUCUUGGAAUCCGGGAUUACCGAUCCUCUCAAUCAUUUUUCCAACACGCUGCUGGAGUUUUCGGCUCUACAGCGCCAUUUGACUCAAACGACCACCGAUCCAUUCCUCGUCCAUCUGCACUCCCUCCUCGCAUACUCCCACGCCAAUCGGGCUGUUCUCAAGCUUCGUGACCAGAAACAGAUGGAUUUCGAAGAACUCUCUGACUAUCUGUCUGGCGUAACGGCUGAGCGGGACCGACUAGCAGCAGUCAUCAGUGGUCAUGCCGGAAGUACUGGUCUGGGUCUUAGUGCUUACAUUCGAGAUAAGGUGGACGCUCUCCGAGGGGCAGACGACGACAGGAGUAGAGUUGAGAAGAUGCGUAAGCUGGAUACAAAGAUUAAGGAGUUGCAAGAUGCCGUCACGACCGCACACGAGACGUCCGAUGCUUUCAGCGACGAGACGUUACGGGAGCAGAAUAUAUUCCAGUACGCCAAGGAGGCCGAGAUGAAGGAGAUGUUGGGCAAUCUAGCGGACGGACAAAUUGAAUUCUAUCGAGCGGCUAUGGAGGAAUGGGAUAGGAUCAUUCCUAUAAUUCAGCGUAUACGAGUGGAUGUCUAA